AUGGAGUACAUAUUCUACUAUGGAGCAGUCAAGAAGUACCCCACGAACAGGAUGCUCGGCCGACGGCAAGUUACAGAUGGCAAGGCCGGUGAGUAUGUGUGGCAAACGUACGAGGAAGUGUACCAGAAGGUCAUGAGGAUUGGAUCAGCCAUCAGAAGCUUGGGCGUAGAGCCGGGAGCUCACUGUGGCAUAUAUGGAUCCAACUGCCCGGAAUGGGUUAUGGCCAUGCAGGCAUGCAACAGUCAAGGAAUAUGUUAUGUGCCACUGAAUGACACCCUCGGAGCAAAUGCUGUUGACUUCAUCAUGGACCAUGCUGAGAUAUCCAUUGCAUUGGUCCAGGAGAGCAAGAUCAAAUCUAUACUAGCAGUAGUCCCUAAGUGCACAGCCCAUCUUAGAGGUUUGCCAACAGCAAACUUGCCAAUAUGA